AUGUUUGGAAAAAGGUACAGAGACAAAGAAACAGGUAUUAUUUAUGAUGAAAAUGGAAAACCAUGCAAAAGCUGUAACAUUUUUUCCUCAUUUCAAUCUGCUACAACUGGGAUGAAAGCUGAAAAAAAAAAAGAGGUUCCUUCUAGCUCAGAUUUGUCAAAUAGAGGUAUGCCUGAGUCACAUACAAUAUCAAAAGAAGUACCUGAUUCCGUUUCAUUUCCUAGAUUACCAGAUGUCGCUGAAUUAGGCCGCAGUACUUGGACGUUUUUACAUGCCAUGGCUGCUAAUUACCCAAAAAAUCCCUCCACAGUGGAGCAAACCAAUAUGUCAAGCUUUUUGCAUAAUUUUUCCAAAUUCUAUCCUUGCUGGGCUUGCGCCGAAGAUCUUAGACUUUGGAUGGCUAGGGAUGGAAAUGCACCGAAAGUCGAAACUCGCGAGUCCUUGUGUCACUGGAUAUGUGAAGCCCAUAAUGAUGUGAAUGAGCGCUUAGGAAAGCCGGUAUUUAACUGUGAUAUAUGGGCUAAAAAAGCUUCCAAAAUGACAGAUGAAUAG